UUUGCGUGGUGACGUGUGCGGAAGCAGCAGUAAGAGAACAAGUUAUUCUGAAAACGAAUUUGAAGGCUGGAGCUGAUACUACACUGGGCAAAAUUGGAUCUACAUCGAAUACAGAGCGAAGGGGGUGGUGGCGGUUAGAGGGGGCCCAGAAAGUGAAGAACGCAAAAUGAAUGAGAUUCCUAAAGGGGUGAAUAUGGUUACCGACGGCAUACAGGGGUCGGGUGAGCUUCAAAUGGCCCCCUCUAUGAACCACAGCCAUGACAACGGGACGAACGAUGAUCUGGUUAGCUCUGUGACGCUGUACAGACGAAGGCCCAGGCUUUUCCAUGGAACAGUUCUUCCAUUUUUCGUUGUUCUGUAUCCCGGUUGGCUUUAUGCAUGGUUAGGCGUCUAUGGUGCCUCCGAGUAUCCCGAGGCCGGGCUGCUGGCGCUAGCGGCAAUCGGGAUCGCGCACGUCCUCACAGCGCUGUCUGGUUAUUGGUCCGUGCACGCUCACUGUUGGCUCACCUGUUCUAAGGAACAAGACCCUCAGAAGGCUACGCUUGCAAAAGUCGUGCCUACACCCAACAAUGGUUCUGCAGAGCUUGUGGCACUUCAGAGAGACCAGGACGACGCCGGCGAGGGCAUCCUGUCCUUCGAGUUCCAGAAGAUCCGCUACAUCUUUGACGACAAGGAGAAGAAGCUCUUCCUGCCCGUGGCCUUCCCCAUCAACCACGCCAUGGGCUACUUCCAGGCCUGGCGCGGCUACCAGGAGGAGGCGGACCUGAAAGCGGCGGAGAAGCGCUACGGCACUAACCGCGCCGAGAUGAUGGUGCCGGACUUCCUGGAGCUCUUCCGAGAGAGAGCCACCGCCCCCUUCUUCGUGUUCCAGGUGUUCUGUGUGGGGCUGUGGUGCCUGGACGAGUACUGGUACUACAGUGUCUUCACGCUGUUCAUGCUGGUAGCGUUCGAGGCCUCCCUGGUCCAGCAGCAGAUGAGGAACAUGUCUGAGAUCCGUCGCAUGGGGAACAAGCCCUACAUGAUCCAGGUCUACCGUAACAGAAAGUGGAGACCUGUUUCCAGUGAUGAGCUUGUUCCCGGAGACAUUGUAUCUAUAGGACGGUCCCCUCAGGAGAACCUGGUGCCAUGUGACGUCGUUCUUCUCCGGGGCCGCUGCAUCGUGGACGAGGCUAUGCUGACCGGCGAGUCCGUCCCCCAGAUGAAGGAGCCAUUAGAGGACCUGGACCCAGAACGGAUCCUGGACCUUCAGGGGGACUCCCGUCUCCACGUCAUCUCCGGUGGGACCAAGGUGGUCCAGCACACACCGCCCCUGAAAGCCAGUGCCGGUCUCAAACCGGUGGACAACGGCUGUGUGGCCUACGUUCUGAGGACAGGCUUCUACACGUCCCAGGGUAAGCUGUUGAGGACCAUCCUGUUUGGUGUGAAGAGGGUGACGGCAAACAACCUGGAAACCUUUAUCUUCAUCCUCUUCCUGCUGGUGUUCGCGAUCGCUGCGGCUGGCUACGUGUGGAUAGAAGGGACCAAGGAUCCCAGCAGGAACCGGUACAAGUUGUUCUUGGAGUGCACCCUCAUCCUGACCUCCGUGGUGCCUCCCGAGCUUCCCAUAGAGCUGUCUCUGGCCGUCAACACCUCCCUCAUCGCCCUCGCCAAGCUCUAUAUAUUCUGUACGGAGCCGUUCAGGAUACCGUUCGCGGGCAAGGUGGAGGUCUGCUGCUUUGACAAGACGGGAACGCUGACCAGCGACAGCCUGGUUGUUCGCGGGGUGGCGGGCCUGAGAGAGGGGAAGGAGGUGAUGCCAGUGUCUGAGAUCCCAGUGGAGACGCACCGAGUGGUGGCCACCUGUCACUCACUCGUCACUCUGGAUGACGGACAGCUGGUUGGAGACCCCCUGGAGAAAGCCAUGCUGAUGUCCGCCGACUGGAACCUGACUAAAGACGAGAAGGUGUUCACGCGGGGCAUCAAAACCCAAGGGCUGAAGAUCCACCAGCGCUUCCACUUCUCCAGCGCGCUGAAGAGGAUGUCGGUGCUGGCCUCGUACGAGAAGCUGGGCUCCACGGAGCUCUGCUACAUCUCCACCGUGAAGGGUGCCCCCGAGACGCUCAGCGGGAUGUUCUCUGAGCGUCCCGCGAGCUAUGACGAGGUCCACAAGGAGAUGUCAAGAGAAGGUGCCCGGGUGCUCGCGCUGGGGUACAAGGAGAUAGGGCACCUCAGCCACCAGCAGGUCCGAGAGAUGACUCGGGACGGGCUGGAGUGUGACCUGCGGUUCGCCGGCUUCAUGGUCGUCUCCUGCCCCCUGAAGGCCGACAGCAAGGCCGUCAUCAGGGAGAUCCAAGAGGCGUCGCACCAUGUAGUGAUGAUCACCGGCGACAACCCCCUCACCGCCUGCCACGUGGCCAGGGAGCUCCACUUCAUCCAGAAGGAACACACGCUCGUACUGCAGUCAGGCCCCGGUCCCGGCGAGUGGCAGUGGGAGUCCAUCGACGGCAGCGUGCACGUGCCCCUGCCCCCGCCCUCUGUGGACGAGUUCAUCGAGCAGUACGACCUAUGCGUCACCGGGGAGGGGCUCGCCCGGCUCAGCGCCGACAUCCGGCUCCUCAACGCCCUGCUGCCUCACGUCAGGGUGUUCGCCCGGGUUAGCCCCAAGCAGAAGGAGUUUGUCAUCACCAGCCUCAAGGGCCUGGGCUACAUCACGCUGAUGUGCGGGGACGGCACCAACGACGUCGGCGCUCUCAAACACGCCCACAUAGGUGUCGCGCUGUUGGCCAACGCUCCCGAACGCAUGCCGGAGAGGAGGAAGCGUGGGAGGGAGAAAGAGGUGGCGGCGGCGGCGGCCGCGGCCGCAGCGGCGGAGACCCGAUCCAUGCCGCCGGUUCCAACCUCAGGCAAGAUGAGCUCCAGGGCGGCCAGACAGAGGAUGAUGGCCCAGCGGGAGGAGCAGCUCGCUGCCCAGAAGGAACGGAUCAGCCAAGUGCUGCGGGAGCUUGAAGAGGACCAGAUCCAAGUGGUGAAGCUGGGGGAUGCUUCCAUCGCUGCCCCCUUCACCUCCAAACUCUCCUCCAUACAGUGCAUCUGUCACGUCAUCAAGCAGGGCCGCUGCACUCUGGUCACGACCCUCCAGAUGUUCAAGAUCCUGGCUCUCAACGCCCUGGUGCUGGCCUACAGCCAGUCCGUGCUCUACCUCGAGGGGGUCAAGUUCAGUGACUUCCAGGCUACUCUGCAGGGUCUGCUGCUGGCCGGCUGCUUCCUCUUCAUCUCAAGGUCAAAGCCGCUGAAAACACUGUCCAGAGAGCGGCCCUUACCAAACAUCUUCAACCUCUACACGGUGUUGACGGUGUUGCUGCAGUUCGCCGUUCACUUCUGCAGCCUGGUGUACCUGUACAAGGGAGCUCAGAGCAGAAGUCCGCCCAGAGCGGAAAAGUUUGCCGACCUCUAUAAGGAAUUUGAACCCAGCCUCAUCAACAGUACAGUUUACAUUAUGUCCAUGGCCAUGCAGAUGGCUACGUUCGCCAUUAACUACAAGGGCCACCCAUUCAUGGAGUCUCUGACCGAGAAUCGCCCACUACUGUGGAGUAUCGCCAUAUCGGGACUCGCCAUCGUAGGACUGCUGUCCGGGUCCUCGCCAGAAUUCAACGAACAGUUUGCUCUCGUAGACAUUCCAAUGGACUUCAAACUCGUGAUCGCCCAGGUCCUAGUGGUGGACUUUGUGUCAGCUCUCCUGGUGGACCGUAUCCUACAGUUCCUGCUGGGCAAGGGAACUCUCCGGCUGCCUUCCUGAACUCAUGCCCACCACGACCACAUCCACAAGAACCGCUGCCCUUAGCAACCGUGCUGUCGAAGCGGAGCCCCCAAAAAGACUUUGGAGGAGAAGGAGCUGUUGUGAUUUGGAGCCGUAAAUGACAUAUGGACCCGAAGCAGCUGAGGCGGUCAUGAUGGUGAACAAUACUGCACACUCCCAAGAGUACCUCUUCUUCUUUUGCCCCCGCCCCCCCCGACUUCUAAUAGAGUUCUUCAUUAGCCCUUUGUUUUUGCUUUCUAUUUUUCAUGCUCUAACCCUCUCCUGGCUCCCAUCCCUCCCUCUCUUUUCAACAUUUCUGUCUUGCUUCCUCCUCAUCCCACUCCUCUUAACACAGAGCCAAGAAGACAGCAGUAUUGUGUGAAAUGCAAGACUGAGUGUCAGCCAACGUGAAACCUCCGGGCACACAAUAAAGGGGCAUUCUCUGAGAGAAUUGCAAAGCAUUUGUAUUUUUUUGAUUUCUCUCCUUGAUUUUGUAAAAAGAUAAAUCUGUUGCAUAAAAAUACUUAACAAACA